AUGUUCGGGGCCCGGGCGAGCCCUCUCUUUCUGGACACUUCUGGAAUCUGGUGGCAGGACCCACCAUCCUUGGCAACAGUGGAGGAGCCCUGGGAUGUGACAGAGAUGACAACUCUGCAGAAGGCUGCAGAGAAAGACUUAGACCUGAGCCACUCGGAGGGGGACAUUGUGGAGGUGCAGGAUCCAGAGUUGGAGGCCAUCAAAGCCAAAGUGCGGGAGAUGGAGAAAGAGGAUGAGAGGCUGAAGGAGUUGCAGCUGGAAGCGGAGAGACACUUCCUCAUGAGCUCGGAGGCAGGUCUGUUCCCAAAGACGACCGAGGAGAAAAUAGAGUCUGACCAGCGAUCCAUCUAUGUGGGCAAUGUGGACUAUGGUGGGACUGCAGAGGAGCUGGAGUCUCAUUUCAACAGCUGUGGGCAGAUCAACCGGGUGACCAUCCUCUGUGACAAGUUCUCGGGACAUCCCAAAGGGUAUGCAUACAUAGAGUUUGAGGAGAAGAGCUCUGUGAAGGCCGCGGUGGAGCUGGACGAGAGCGUGUUCAGAGGCCGUCUCAUUAAGGUGCUGCCCAAGAGAACCAACAUGCCGGGCAUCAGCAGCACCGACCGCGGCCGGUACCGCGGCCGCUUCCGUGCCCGGGGAGGCUACUACGGCGGGCAGUACCCGCAGGUGCGAGGGAGGAUGUACAGGGGUCGGGCAAGACUGUGGCCUUGGUAUUUUCCGUACUAG